UCCUCCUCCCCCCUCCCUGUCCUGCGCGUGGCGCGGCUCGCGGAAUUGGUGAGGGAAAAGCUUGCUUUUAACGAAUGUUUAUCACGUAUUGAGAAACAAAUCAUUAAACCCAGCCAAAAGCUAAUGUCGUCAGAAAUGCCGAAAGAAAGUCUAGAGGUGCCAACAGAAAAUACCGUGUUCCCUGAAGUUCCUGAUGUGAAGUCAAGUGACAGUCCAGUAGAGAGACAGGAGGGAGGCUCAGACAAGGAAGAAUGUCUUGAGCCUUUGUCCAAGAGGCAACGGAAGAAGCUAUUGAAGCAGAAACAGUGGGAAGAACAGAAAGAUCUACGGAGGCAGAAACGAAAAGAAAAACGCCAAAAGAGAAGACUAGAACGUCAGUCAAAAUUGGACACCAAUAACGAAGGGAAUGACAGAAAGCGUAUGCGAAGGGAAGUUGUUCCUAGUACGCUUCGGCUCAUUGUGGACUGUAGCUUUGAUGACUUGAUGGUGCUAAAGGUUAUUAAAUGCAAAGCAGCAGUAACGUGGGAAGCCAACAAACCAUUUUCUAUUGAGGAAGUGGAAGUUGCCCCACCAAAAGCACAUGAAGUUCGCAUAAAGAUUGUGGCAACUGGGAUCUGCCGCUCUGAUGACCAUGUGAUAACUGGUGCACUGGUUAUGCCUUUUCCAAUAAUUCUUGGGCAUGAAGCGGCUGGUAUUGUGGAGAGUGUUGGGGAGGGAGUAACUUCAAUCAAACCAGGAGACAAGGUUAUUCCACUGUUUGUUCCGCAGUGUGGGGAGUGCAGCAGUUGCUUAAGCACCAAGGGUAAUCUGUGCAGUAGAAGCGACAUUGGUCCAGCUGGUGGAUUAAUGGCUGAUGGCACCUCUAGAUUCACCUGUAAAGGAAAAACAAUUCACCAUUUUAUAGGUACAAGUACCUUCACUGAAUACACAGUCGUGCAUGAAACCGCUGUAGCCAAAAUCGAUUCUGCUGCUCCACUAGAAAAAGUUUGUCUAAUUGGCUGUGGAUUUUCCACUGGUUAUGGGGCUGCUGUGCAGACUGCCAAGGUAGAACCGGGCUCCACUUGUGCCGUCUUUGGCCUUGGAGGAGUUGGCCUCUCUGUUAUCAUAGGCUGCAAGGCAGCUGGAGCUUCCCGCAUCAUUGGUGUUGAUAUCAAUAGUGACAAGUUUGCCAAGGCCAAAGAGCUGGGAGCCACAGACUGUGUCAACCCGAAAGAUUUCAAGAAGCCCAUUCACGAAGUGUUGAUUGAAAUGACUGGCCAGGGUGUGGACUACUCUUUUGAGGUCAUUGGCCGUACUGAAACCAUGAGUGCAGCCUUGGCCUGUUGCCAAUACAACUACGGAGUCAGUGUGAUUGUGGGAGUCCCCCCUGCAGCUGAAAAGAUCACUUUUGACCCCAUGCUCCUCUUCACUGGUCGCUCCUGGAAAGGGUCUGUCUUUGGAGGCUGGAAGAGUAAAGAUUCAGUCCCUAAACUGGUUGCUGACUACAUGAAGAAAAAGUUUGUUCUGGAUCCCUUAAUAACGCACACGCUUCCUUUCAGUAAAAUUAAUGAAGGAUUUGAUCUGCUCAGGACAGGGAAGAGUAUUCGCAGUGUCCUGUUGGUUUAGGAUUCCCAGUCGUUAAACAGCAGAUGGCUCACCACCAGUACAAACUUCAUUAACUUCCAACACAACCAAUAUGAAAUAAAAUCCAAGAUGCUUCUGCAAGGUCUACCACUGUUGCCCUUGAAUAAAAGGAUCAAGCCCAAAACCCAGACUUCAAGCUCAGCGUUUAUAAAUGAAAUCCUCUUUAUCCUUCUACCUCUUCCACCUGAUUCGUGCUUUAACUGCUCUGUGUUGUGCUGCAAUUUUCUUUUAAUAGCCAGUUAGAAAUUACAGGACUUGCUGCUGUCAGAGGUGUUAUGAAAGGUUUGGAAAUUUUAAAAUGGCAUAUAGUAGGCAAUCUUCGAUAAAAGAAAAAUGAAGGAAACUUAUUUUGGGCCUUCAUAACACUGCAAGCUUAGGUUGUACACGCAGCUCAGCAUAGUUAAACUCUAGGUGAGAACUAUGUACCCAUCCUGAAUAAUUUUAGCAUCCCAUUACAUGAUAGGCAAUGAAAUCACUCCUUAAUCCAUUACCUGAUGGGCAAGGAAGUUACUGCAGAGAUUAAAAUUUAUGGUGACCAUGUGCUUGAAUUAAUAAUUUCAGUAAAUGAUAUUUAAGUAAAUCAUAAACUUAAGUACUGGAGAAUAUCUCACUACUGGAUAUUUUACCAAAUUAACACUUCCAAGCAUUUGAUAUAAAACUGCUGUGGCGAUGUUCUAUGUUGUGAUUUGUUUGUCGGUUGCUUUUUUAACUUUGUAUCUCUUUCUUGGCAUGUGUUAGUUGUUUUAUCAGCAUGAUUUUAGAUCUCUGGACAGUUUAUACAAGUGCAUCUGAUACUCAGGAAACAAUGUGAAGAAAUACAAAUGUGCAUCAAGUAUUGCCAUUUGUUUCUCUUAAAUAAAGAGGAAGUUUCUUAACAUUUAAGUGUGAAUACAGACUAAAUGGGAAAAAGCAAGUGGCUGGUAACAACUUGCAAGAAAUCAAACAAUAGAGCAUCUUACUGCUUUAUGCAUUUGUAAUGUGGAAACAGGACCAGAAGCUAUUUCUAUGUUGGCGAACAUGAUCAACAUUGACUUAUCUACUUAUCUACUCAGGUCUGACAGGCACUCAUGUGCACGGUAGCUGGGUAGAAGAGCCUGUGAAGUAAGGGGACUGUGCGGUAAUGAUGAUCUACUUCUUUCUGUCAGCACAAAUAGACCUUGAGUGACCCAGCUAGGUUAAUGAUUUGAGAAUAAGUUUACCAAGAGAUUAAACUUUAAACCACAACAACAGAUGAUGAUCUUUAAACGUGUGUGUGUGUAUAACACAAUAAAUUGACAUGGCAGUUAUAACCCAAAUGUCAGCCAUUCGUUUCUGUGGGGUUACCUAUGCAGGCAGUUCUAGAGUCCUCAGCACAGGAAGGACGUGGAACUGAUAGAGCAAGUCCAGAGGAGCGCUAUGAAGACGAUCAGAGGGCUGGAACAUCUCCCCUAUGAGGACAGGCUGAGACAGUUGGGCUUGUUCAACCUGGAGAAGAGACAGCUCUGGGGAGACCUUAAAGCAGCUUUCCAGUGCUUAAAGGGGGCCUAGAGAAAAGCUGGGAAGGAGCUCUUUAUCAGAGAGUGCAGCGAUACGAUGAUGGGAAUGUUUUUACGCUGAAAGAGGAGAGAUAUAGAUUAGAUAUUAGGAAGAAUUUUUUCACUGUGAGGAUGGUGUGGCAACAAAUAGUUCAUACUGUCCUAGAGUAAUUCUCCCUGCUUAUCCCCAUCCACACUUAUCUGAAGAUGAAUUUGUGAGAUUGUGCAGGUCUAGACAGCAUGUUUUUGUCAGAUUUCAGCUACUUGGGACAAGUGAAAUCAUAGCAGAAGUCAUGCUAGAUUUAAUUUUUUUAAUGCAGCAAGCAUACCAGGCCGAAUACUGAAAAAUUCAAGAAAAUUCAUUCUAAAAACCCUUACUCCUGGGAAAUUAUAUAUCA